CUCCUCUUUAUCCACUCCCUUUGCUGCCCUCCUCUCCUCCCCCUCCUUCCCUCCCUCUCCCCUUCCUCCCUCAUCCAUCUCUCUCCUCCCCCUCACCUCCACUACUCACUCAGCCCCCCUUCUCUUCCCCUCCCUAUCUCUGCUCCUGUCCCUCCCUCUCUCCAAUGAAGAUCCUCCGACCUGCCCCGUUGUGCGAGAGAGGGAGGGACGGUGAUUGGAGCCGCUUCUCCAAUGGACUGAGCAUCGAGGCGGGGUUCCUCACUGACGGGCUCCAUUCAGCCGGCUGGUGUCCACUCGGUCUUCACCCACCCGGGAGAGACGCUGUUCUCGGCCAGAAUGCACUGGGUUUCUGUUAGAUUGAGUUUGUUAGUUGUAUCGAUAACCUUUGCCGCCUGCUCGCCCUGGUCGGGUCCACUUUCUGAAGUAGAGCACCAUGAAAUUGUAAGACCCCGUCUCGUGGACUUCACACCGUCCGGGAAGGAUCUGCCCCAUUCCAAGGUUGUCUAUCCAGAAAGAGUCAGUUAUUCUGUACAUCUGCAAGGGGAAGAGUUGAUUCUUCGGUUGGAAAAGAAUGGGGAGCUGCUGGUCAGGCAUUAUUCAGAAACACAUUACACAGAGAAUGGAACUGAAGUGGUAGAUUCACCACAGCUCAAGGAUCACUGUUAUUAUCACGGAAUUAUCGAAGGCUUCGCUGAUUCUUCAGUCAGUGUCAGCACCUGCACAGGACUCAGGGGGAUUCUCACAAUUGGGACCGCUGUCUACCUGAUCGAGCCACUGGACGAAUCUGGGGCUGAGGAGCAUGUGGUUUAUCGGCAGGAGCAUUUGAGGGUGAAGCGUGGCUCCUGCAUACAAAACAUCACGCUGUAUGACAAUGGACCCAAAGUGGCAGCUCUUUACCAGCCGCCCAGCAGGAGAUCAAUGCAUCUUUCACAUAACACCAGAUAUGUGGAACUCUUCCUGGUAGUGGACAAUACUGAGUAUCGAAAAUUCAACCAAGAGAUUCUAACCAUACGGCACCGAAUGAUGGAAAUAGUGAAUCACGUAGACAAGUUGUACAGGUCUCUCAAUAUCCGCGUGGCUUUGGUAGGUUUGGAAGUGUGGACCCACUCAGACAAAAUCGUGGUCAGUCCCAAUCCUGACACCACUCUGGAUAACUUCUUGAUGUGGCGGGGGAAGGAGUUGAUAUCAAAAAAGAGACACGAUAAUGCACAGUUGGUCACUGGCCGAAGCUUCGAUGGAACAACGGUUGGAUUGGCGACUAAAUCUGCCAUGUGUUCCUAUCAAUCCGGUGGGGUGAACGAGGACCACAACAGGAACCCGAUUGGGCUGGCUUCAACGAUUGCCCAUGAGAUGGGUCACAACCUCGGCAUGUCUCACGAUGAAGAUUACAAUACGGAAUGUACCUGUGAUACGAAGAAUGAUGGUGGCUGCAUUAUGGCAAAGAAGACAGGGAUUGUCUUUCCCAAAAGCUUCAGCAGCUGCAGUUACCGUGAGUUACAGAUGUUCCUGGCCACGGAGAGAACCAACUGCCUAUUGAACAGCCCCACAGCUGACGAACUGUAUGGAAGCCCAAAGUGUGGGAACCAGUUCCUGGAGCGUGGGGAGGAAUGUGAUUGUGGUACCAUCCAGGAAUGCACCAACCCUUGUUGCAAUGCCACUACUUGCAAACUGAAGGAUGGUGUGGAAUGCUCAGAUGGAGGAUGCUGCCAGAACUGCAAGAUCCAGCCAGCAGGACAAAUGUGUCGGAUCGCACAACACGACUGUGAUCUGACAGACUACUGUGACGGGCUGAGCAGUCAGUGCCCAGAAGAUGCCUUCAAGAUGAAUGGCUCUCCCUGUGGGAAUGGGGAAGGCUACUGUUACAAUGGGCGGUGCCCCACCCCUCGAAAGCAGUGCAUUGUUCUAUGGGGACCAGAUGCAACAGUGGCCUCAGAUCAUUGCUUCAGGCAGAAUAUGAGAGGAAACAUGUAUCUUCAUUGCAGAGCAACGGAAUAUGGCCAUGAAGCCUGCCAGGCAAAAGAUAUCAAAUGUGGUAAGAUGCAUUGUGUCGGAGGCAACAAGUUUCCAGUCACACAAGCAAAGUAUGAAGUGGAAUUGUCGCACAAUGUACUGUGUAAAAUUGCAAUGCUGAACAAACUGAGUGAAGCAGAGUCUGACCCAGGGCUGGUCCCCACAGGAACAAAAUGUGGAAACGAAAUGGUCUGCUACAAUGGUCGAUGUCAGAGUCUCCUCUUUUAUGGAGCGAGGAACUGUUCCAGCAAGUGCAACAACCACGGGGUUUGCAAUCACAAGGGAGAGUGUCACUGUGAUCCUGGCUGGGCGAAGCCAUACUGUGCCACCCAGACAGAUGGUUCAGCAGUGAGAGAUAAUGCCAUAAUCAUCACCCUCGCUGUGCUCCUGCCUUUCAUCAUUUUACUCAUCAUAAUAAGUGGGGGACUUCUCUAUUACAAAGGAUGCUUAAUGAAGAAAUAUAUAAAAAACUUACCAAUAAAAUCUACUUCGUGUGGUUUGUCAAAUCCAACGUUUGUUGAUGGAAAGGACAGAAACAACUGUAAAGUCACGCACCCCAGCAGCAGGAGUUCACAUCUGAAACACUCACUACUCGAUGCCUCAAAAGAGGAUCGGCGAUUACAAAUUACAGUAAUACCCAGCCGCCCAGCACCUCUGCCUCCAAAACCAGAUCCAAUCAAGACACUAUCUGUAAACACAACAGCUAAAUCAUCACAGCACCGAAUGGUAAAACCAAAUGCACCUCCUCCUGUCCCGCCUUCCAAACCGGUUCCAACUGAGCGUGUACCGGUUCGACCACCUCCUCCCCCAUGUAAACCACUGCCAGAACUGAAGGCCAAACCGCUGCUAAAGCCUAUGAGUCAGCCUCCAGUACUUCCUGUCAAACCAGGCAUUGCAAUUGCACCCUCGAAACCUCUGCCGACUGGUUUCAAGCCAAAAGUUGCCUUAAAGCCACCAAAUCAGCACAGAUGAAGAGGAAGUGUGUGGCAGCAUCACUGCACUACAGAGGCACAGCUGUGGAGCCAUCUUCGUACUGUUCUGUCAGGAAGAUGAUAAAAAUAUCUUUGGUUUCUUAUAUUAAUUUAUACAGUAAUCAGUGGGAUGACAAAAAUACUUGAUACAAAAAUAUGCUGGCUAGUUUGAAAUAACAAAUCGAUAUUUCCACGAUGCUCCUUUCAUUGUACUGUAGCUCUGGUACUUACCAAGGAUAUUUUUCUUGUUUUUAAUUAUAUAAAUUAAAGAGAUUCUGCUGAAGUGAUGGGAUGCAGUUGUGAAGUAAUCCUUCUGCUAAGACAAAUUACUUGAGACAAAAUGACAGAAAUUGAAUAAAAAUAUGACCUUUG